AUGAGACCUCUGGAAGAGUCGCUUUCGAGAUGGCGUGAGACACAAUCCCAAGGCGCACAUCUUGGCGACCUACGACGUGCUGUUCGAUAUAACGGUCCUUCAAGCCCAUGUAUAUCGGGCUGUCGUUCUCUUUGCUGGAAGACUUUUCUUCUCUCUACUGCUGCCGAGGGUUUGAGCUGGUCUCAGGUCCUUGACAAUGGAAGAGAGUUUUAUACCGAGCAACGUGACCACUUUCUCAAGUAUAUCAAGCACCCAGAAGCCCUUGCAGAGCUGAACAUCGACCCCUUGACGGAGGAUCCGACUUCACCUUGGAACACUAUUCGCCAAGAUGAGAUUGUUCGAGCUGAGAUCCAGCAAGAUGUGCAACGACUACCUGAUGAAGCAUCCUAUCAUGACGACAUAACACAGGCGAUCAUCUUGGAUAUUCUGUUUAUAUACUGUAAAAUUCACCCUGAGCGAGGCGGUUACCGACAAGGCAUGCAUGAAUUGCUUGCGCCUAUCCUACAUGUUAUCGAGCAGGAUGCACUGGAUCCAUCGACGUUGCCAGAAGAUAUCCCUCUUGAUGACGCCCUUGUCAAGACUCUCAAUCACUCCUUCAUCGAGCAUGAUGCCUUUGUCCUUUUUUCGAGGCUGAUGGAGCGCGCUCAGUCGUUUUACGAAGUAAAGGACAUCGCUGCGACACCAGGAACUCCUUUACAGCCAUCUAAAUUCCCAGAACAGAGCUCUGCUAUUGUCGAGCGGAGUAAAUUCAUUCAUGAAGUUUGUCUCCAGAAGGUCGACCCGGAGCUUGCUGCCCACCUCACCAAUAUCGAAAUCUUGCCACAGAUCUUUCUCAUUCGGUGGAUUCGGUUACUCUUCAGCAGGGAAUUCCCUUUUGAGCAAUUCUUAGUCUUUUGGGAUACCAUCUUUGCGGUUGACCCAACAUUGGAACUGAUCGACCUCAUUUGCGUUGCCAUGCUACUUCGGAUUCGAUGGGAUUUGCUGGAAGCCGAUUAUUCUGUCUGCCUUCAACUACUUCUCAAAUACCCUCCUCCAACUGGGCCUCACGGUCCUCAAACAUUUGUUGACGACGCCAUGUAUCUAAGGGACCAUCUUAGCCCAUCAGGGGGCUCAUCUUUGAUCAUGAAAUACUCCGGAAAGAUGCCCGCUGUAUCUUCCCCGCCACAGACUUCUCGGACAAAUACCCCGAGCUUUCGCGGGUUCAAUUCUUUCAAGCAAAGGCCUGGAGUAAGAUCACAAAUUUCGUCCCCUUCACGCUUCAUUCAGCAGCAGGGUGGAAUGGAAGCCUUAAUCCAAGGAGCCGCCAAGGGAGUUCUCGAGAGAGGUGAAAAGUUGGGCAUUAACCAAGCAGUUAGAGACGCCAUGGGAGAAAUCAAACGCAACAUUAACGAGGCGCGAUCUGCACCCAGGUCUCCGCACCCCUUAGUAGGCGAUGAGGAAGCGGGGAGAGGUCUCGCAGCACUGGAAAGGCGUAACCGACAUCUGGCCGCCAUGCUUGACGAAACGGUUAACAACCUAAAGUCGAUAUCUGCUUCAAGCCUAGACGACAAGGUUAAGAGCCUUGAGCUUAUCGAGAUCGCAGCAGCCAAGGUCCAGUUUGUUAAAAUCUACUUAGACGAUUCUUCGAUGGAAGUCCCAAUUCUACAAUCUCCACCAACUGAAGAGGACCCUCAAGAGGUGGUUGUGGCGGAGACCACUAUUGUUCAUCCAGAGCCAGUAUCAGCAGCACCCGCAGGGCUGAACAUAUCUGGCCUGCAGAUAACAGAAUCGAAGCCAGGGCCUGAAGACGAAGCAGCCCGUCCCUCAAGUCCAGAUCGUAUGGACAUAGUUGCUCCUGAAGACAAGAAGCUUGCGAAUUCAUUAGCCCCAGCACGCCCAGGUCCUGUACCGACUCGAUCAACAUUGGCUCAAUCAUCCUUCUCAUGGAUGUUGGAGCCAGACGAAUCUAAACCUCCACAAUCAUCAACAUCGACUUCAUCUGCCAAGUCACCACCACAGCAACACAAAAAGAAAAUGUCUAACAGCGCUAGCCGUGAGAAAAAUGCCUUUCUGUUCGGCGAAGUCACUGAGAGUCGCAACGCGCUGAACUCGGAUGAAAUAUUCGGCCUGGAGCCCCUGAAAAAGAUGAAGGAUAUCAAAGCUGAGGAGCCGGCGAAUGAAUAG